AUGGAAGCAUAUCUUCUUCAUAUUCACCAUAGAUCAGCUAGCUUUCUCCCCUUCCCACAACGCCAUCGGAUACUCCUGCCGUUGAUGAUACCAACACUGCCAGAACGAAAUCCCUCUUCUGCUGUGGUGGUGACGAGAAGCACCAACAACACCGGAGCCGGAGCCUGGGCACCUGUACAGGCUAAACCUGCUCCGGCAACGUCGGAGAUAAAGAAGACGGUCUAUAAUGAUAACUGGUUCAAUUGCCUUGCCAUCAGUUACAUGUCAAGCAGUAUUCAAGCUACUUUAGGGAUGAAGAUAAUGAAUAUGAAAGGGUAUGAGGGGUUUGUGGAGGCAGCGACUCUCAUCUCGAGAACAUAUGGAGCCAUGGAGCAGCAGCAGAUAGUCAUGGAAGCUCUCAAUAAGGCCUUCCCUGAGUUCAUCUUGUUCAUGGCAAGUUCUCCUAAUUUUCUUCAGUUUUUGGAGGCCACAAACUGUGUAGGGAUGUGCACUAAUCUCUGCAAGUUGCCUUCUCAGAAAUUCAUCAACAAUUCUCUUGGGAUGCCCACCAACAUGAUUCCCAACUUUGAAGACAAAAGCUGUGAAAUUAUCUUCGGGCAACUUCCACCUGCAGAUGAUCCAGCACUGAAGCAGCCUUGCUACCACAAGUCAUGUAAUUGUAACAACUCUGAUAUCAUUACUGAAUUUAAAAACAUUAUUCAGCAUAAGUUUGAAAGAUCUGAAGCUUUCCUAUGGUCUCUUAUUUAGACUUCGUUUGAAACGGCUUUUUUACU